GAAACAGGCUGCAUGGAGAGGCUUCGUGCAGUUUAGGUUGUAAAGAAUUCCGGCUCCAGCUGGGUCUGAAGGCUCUGCAAACACGCUUCUUGUUUUGGCAUCAAAGUCAGGUGGUGAUUAAAGGAAGGAGGAAGAAGUGGUGAAGGUCACUGCCUGUGGUACAUUUUAAUUACCGGUCAGGAUGGAUAUCCGAGGUGCUGUAGACGCUGCUGUCCCAACAAACAUCAUUGCUGCCAAAGCUGCUGAAGUUCGGGCAAACAAAGUAAACUGGCAGUCGUAUCUCCAAGGGCAGAUGAUUUCAGGUGAAGACUGUGAAUUUAUUCAAAGAUUUGAACAGAAAAGGAGUCCAGAAGAAAAACAGGAGUUGUUGCAAACAGAAGGCAAUCAAUGUGCUAAAACAUUUAUAAACUUGAUGACUCAUAUCUCCAAGGAACAGACUGUUCAGUACAUUCUGACUAUGGUUGAUGAUAUGCUGCAAGAAAAUCAUCAGCGUGUUUGCAUCUUCUUUGAUUAUGCAAAGCGUGGUAAAAACACUGCGUGGUCCUAUUUUCUGCCAAUGUUGAAUCGACAAGAUCUCUUCACUGUGCAUAUGGCAGCACGAAUUAUUGCCAAACUGGCUGCUUGGGGAAGGGAGCUUAUGGAAGGCAGUGACCUGAAUUACUAUUUCAACUGGAUUAAAACUCAACUCAGUUCACAGAAACUGCGUGGUACAGGGGGUUCUGUGGAAGCAGGAGCAGUCUCCACAAGUGAUAGUUCCCAGUAUGUACAGUGCGUUGCUGGAUGUCUGCAGCUGAUGCUCAGGGUCAAUGAAUAUCGCUUUGCGUGGGUAGAAGCAGAUGGAGUAAAUUGCAUCAUGGGUGUCUUGAGCAACAAAUGCGGUUUCCAGCUCCAGUAUCAGAUGAUUUUCUGUGUGUGGCUGCUGGCAUUUAGCCCUCAAAUGUGUGAAUAUCUUAGACGUUAUAAUAUCGUCCCAGUGCUAUCGGAUAUUCUUCAGGAAUCUGUCAAAGAGAAAGUGACUAGAAUCAUUCUUGCAGCAUUUCGGAAUUUGUUAGAGAAAUCUACUGAGAGAGAAACUCGCCAAGAAUAUGCCCUUGCCAUGAUUCAGUGUAAGGUUUUAAAGCAGCUUGAGAAUUUGGAUCAGCAGAAAUAUGAUGAUGAAGACAUAAGUGAAGAUAUCAAAUUUCUACUGGACAAGCUUGGCGAGAGCGUGCAAGACCUUAGCUCCUUUGAUGAGUACAGUUCUGAGCUCAAGUCAGGAAGACUGGAGUGGAGUCCUGUGCACAAGUCUGAGAAGUUUUGGCGGGAGAAUGCUGUAAGACUAAAUGAGAAGAAUUAUGAACUACUCAAAAUCCUGACAAAACUUCUGGAGGUUUCUGAUGAUCCACAAGUGCUGGCUGUAGCUGCUCAUGAUGUGGGAGAAUAUGUACGACACUAUCCCCGGGGAAAACGAGUGAUUGAACAACUUGGUGGUAAGCAGCUGGUAAUGAACCACAUGCAUCACGAAGACCAACAAGUUCGUUAUAAUGCACUACUGGCUGUGCAGAAGCUGAUGGUUCACAAUUGGGAAUACCUUGGAAAACAGCUGCAGUCAGAACAACCUCAGACGGCCACUGCACGGAGCUAAACGUUUCUGUCAGUUCAUGCAGUUCAUACUUACAACUACAGUAUGUUUGUCUUUAAAAUUAAUAUAAAGGAAAUACUGAAAUCACAUGUUCCCUAUCUGCUACUGGUGCAUAAACAUUCCAACUUUCCUCUGAUGUUGUUGGCUUAGUAAAAAUUUGUUUGUUCUGAUGCUUAUGCCUAUUAGCUUCUUGUUCUAUUCUGAAUGUAUAUGAAGAAAUGUGGCUAAUAUAUUGCAUUUGUUUUAUGUAUUUAUUCUCAUAAUAAAAAAUAUUAAUAAAGGAAGUCCCUUCCAUAAUGGAUAUUACAACUA